AUGGAAAAGCGUGAUCGCCUUUUAGACAUUCCUUGCAGAGUCUGCGGUGACAGAAGUUCUGGUAAGCAUUACGGAAUCUACAGCUGCGACGGUUGCUCUGGUUUCUUCAAACGUAGCAUACACCGCAACCGAGUGUACACUUGUAAGGCGCAAGGCGAGCUGAAGGGAAAGUGUCCCAUCGACAAGACCCACAGGAACCAGUGCAGAGCUUGCCGGCUCAAAAAGUGCUUCGAAGCCAGCAUGAACAAGGACGCAGUGCAACACGAACGUGGACCUAGGAAGCCAAAAUUCAAGGAUCCUUGCGGAUCUGAACACCACCAUCAUCAUCACAACUUGAAGGGAAGCUCAGGAAGUCUCUCGCAUAUCUCCCCCAUGGGCUUCCCCCCUGGAGGGAACAAGCAGCACCAUUUCGAGGCUAUCAACGCAGUGGGAGUCAUGUCUCCCUCAAUGGACCUUCCUCAAUCUCCGCUGUUUCCCAAAGACAGCGUCAUAGGAUCAGCCGGACUACUUCAGAUGCUGCUCAACGCUGAAAAGUCUCAAGAGCUCAUCUGGAAUCAUGUCCGACUCGGCUCGUCAGGAAUGAACGCGAUGCCCUUCGGUCAUGCGACGUUACCCUCGAAGAAUGGGAGCGACGGUGCCAUGCUUCCCUCUGGAAGCUCUCCUUUCGCAAUGCUGGCACCACCGUUUCUUCACGGUGGGUGUCUGGAUGAUGUUGUAGUCCGGCAACGCCUUGGAGGGUCGCCGUCUCCACCUGGCAGUGCUGCCGUGCCUUGGGGAGGCUCGGUUCAAGAGGUUACGGCAAGGCUGUUGUUCAUGGUGGUUCGGUGGGUCAAGUGUCUUCCAACUUUUCAAACGCUCUCCAAGGGAGACCAGGUGACUCUACUGGAGGAAUCCUGGAAAGACCUAUUCCUACUGUACAUGGCCCAAUGGUCCAUGGCCGCAGAUGUCGUAGCAUCAUUGCCAGGAGUGAAGGGAUCUCCUCCGCCACCCCCGCUCCCGACCCGUCUGCACGCGGAACCGGAUGCUUCUCCUCAUCAGGCGGCAGAACUGCAUUACAUCCAAGACGUCAUGCGUCGGCUUCGGCAACUGUCGCCGGAUGAAACGGAAUGCAGCUGCCUUAAAGCGGUCGUGCUCUUCAAGUCAGAAACGAUCGGCUUGUGCGAUGUCCAUCCUGUAGAAAUGCUCCAAGACCAAGCCCAAUGCGUUCUGGGCGACUACGUGAGACACAAGUACUCUCGCCAGCCGACUCGGUUCGGUCGUUUGCUGCUGCUCAUACCUAGUCUUCGGGCCGUCACAGCUGCCACUGUGGAAAAACUGUUCUUCAAAGAGACCAUCGGCAACAUACCUAUUGAAAGGAUCCUCGGAGACAUGUACAAUAUGGAGAAGGUGGAAUGACGGGAAUAAUUCAUGCCUGUAUAUAUACGAGAUCACGUGAAUUGUGCUGUUAUAUGGUACGUUAGGAAGCGCAGGUCACUUGUGGUGUUUCUUCAAGCCGAAAAGCAAAUAGCGGGAACUAGAUGCAGGGUGGUAAAGUAUUCAGUUUCUAACAUACGCGUUGCGUACGUUGCACAGCAAAAGCGAAGUGGCCAGCCUCUGCAACUUCUAUGCCAAUGUGAUAGCUGGCAUAUAAAAAAGAAUAUCUAGUUUUUUUUAAUUUUGUUUUAGAGUUUUGAUAUUUGAUCUCGCAUAUCGAGUUAUCAGAAUUAUCGGAGAAUUAUCAGAGAGCCAGUACUUGUUUUACGGUGGUAUUUUGUUUUAGGUAUUUGGUGGUCUUCAGUAGUGAGUCGUACUCUAGUCAGAAAAGCAGUGAAUUGUGAGUAUUUCGUGACCAGAUAUUUCACUGUUAUUUCCUUCUUUUUACUCUGAGUACAGUUCGUUUUGAUCUCUAGUCUGAUGUACGAGAUUGAAUUAAGGAUUGAUUGAUUGAUUUGAAUUGAAUUGAAUUGAUAAUC